AUGUCGAUUUCAGGGUCGUUGGAAGAUGAGUAUGACAUUAUUAGCUUGCAGUAUACGGAAGAUGGUUUGUUAUCUGUUGAUGAGAAUAGACAAGGGCAUGCGGCUGCUUUUGGGGAUGAUAUUGCUAUUGAGUGUCUUGCUACUGAGUUUAAACGAGAGAUCUAUGUGGUGCAAGCGCAUGGGUCUGAUGGGAUGGUGGAGGAAGAGAAUUGUGUGUUCUUUCUUCCGCAUAAGCCGAGAAGUGAGGUUAUUGAGUCUCCAGUGUUUCUAUUCAUGAAAGGCACAGGGUGGUGUGGUGGUGGAGCAGAUCAUUAUGAGCCAUUGAUAGCGAGCCCAUCUCAGAUGAUAUCUCAAGAGAAAGUCGCCUUCGUUCUGUGA